UCCCCCACAAAAAGAUCUCAGUUCCUAUCUCACCCAAAGAAAAUAUAGAAAAGACUGCAUCACAAUCAAAUCAACGCCGCAAAAAUUUCCACCGCGAAACAACAACAAGCUCCGCAAGAAGAUGACAUCCGACGGAUUUCGUCCAAGCAGUGUAAUGGGCUUCCCGCAGCCCACCAGGCCGGACAACAGCUACUCCCCACGCCUCCUCCUCCCCGUCGAAACUCCUUACCAACCAGCCAUGGAUUCUCCUGUCAUGGCUUACCCUGUUGGCUAUCCGCGGGUUCAGUCGCGUGACGGAGGAGAAGCAGUGGAGGAGGAGGAGAAAGAGACGAUCGAGGAGCUGAAGCGCGGGAUCAUGGAGCUGUACGAGAAGCUGCCGAUGGCGGUGAGGAGCCAGGUGAAUCUCGAGAAAUUCCACAUUCCCAGCAAUGUGGUGACCAACUUGAAGGUGGACGCGGCUCGGAGCCGGGAGGUUCAAGGGAUCGUGGACCAGCUGUCGCCGAAACUCGAGCGGUUCAAGGUCAAGACGGUUCGAGCCGGAGGGGGCGGCGGCGGAGGAGGCGUGGUGAAGGUGGAAGAGGAGGAUGAUCGAAACGGGUGAUGUCGACAACGCGAAAAUUUGGGUCAAAUCGCAUUUGUGACAACUACGUGAUUCAUGAUACUUCUCGACUUUAUGUUUGAGAUGUGGAGCACAUGCAAGUAGAGAAUUGUGGUAAAACAAAGCAACAAUAGCUGUAUUUGCUCGUGAUUUUUUUGGAUGGAUCGUGUGCUACGAUUCGUCAAAUUCCAGGACAAACAGAAGGGGUUUGGUAAAAGUUGUACAUUUUUUCAAUCAUAUAUACUGAUUAUGUUUUUUCUUAAUUCAUUUAUUUUUAUUUUCAAUUUUUGUUUGUAAAAGUUUGUAACUUCAAUUCACUGAGAGCAACACCUCGAUGUAGAGGUGCUGGCUUCUGUAAAAUAUCUAUCUAUCUAUCUACUUAUUUUUGCCAGUCCUGGUGUUCAGCUAGAAUUAUUUAUCAAAAAAAUAAAAUGGUGUUCAGCUAGAAUUAUUCAAAGGUUUGUUAUUCUGAACUCCUCAGUCGUGGGCUUGUCCUUUCAUUUAUGCCUUUACACCGAAUGCCUUCUUGUCCAACCCAUCAGAAUUUAACUCGGUUUGAGGUGGGCCUGUAAUUGGGCUAUUAUAUCGUUGCCGAAAUAUAAAUACUGUCAUUCAUCGAACUAGCUAGCGUACGUGUAAUACAUAUAACAUUGGAUGGUGAAACUACGUGGUCUAAAUCGACCGCCCAAAUUAGUUUUUGGUCCCACAAUUGGCAACAUGAUAUUGUGUAUCUUCAGGAACAUGAGAUUUCUGAUUUGCUUGUGUGGGAUAACCUGGAUUUGGAGUACACCAUAAUCAAUAUGAAAUUCUAAAAUUAUGAUUUUGAUUACUUUUCUGACGUGGUAUCCAGGUUUUUUAUCAUCAUGAGUGUACGUAUAAGAUAUAAAAUAAAUUCGUCCAAAUCAGUGCUUAAUGGCCUACUCCUCAUGGAGAAUAGGAUCACUAGACUUCAUUAUCAGUGGAGAAUAGUCUCAAGCGAAAUCCGUUAUCUGUAGCUUCUAAAAACGAAAGAAAAUGUCAUUUCGGAAAAAUCACUCGAAAUCUAUGAUGGUACCUCUUUGCCCAUUGAUCAAUUGAUUAUGUAGCAUCCAUCUAGAUCUUUCAAUAAGUAGACCUCAAUAUAUUGGGUGGCAUGGAUGGCAAACGAAUCCAUGCCGGACACCUAGUCAGCUACUCAUGCCAUGAAAGUGGCAUGAUGUACCCACCAAUCAAACGAGCGUAAGGGGCUUCAUUGACCCAGCCACAUGACUCACUGCUUACCGGUCAUGGCAGAGUCAUCACAUCGCAAGUGUCACAAAUCUAACUAAACUUGCCCCUUCGUCAUCUUUUUUUGGCCAUGAUUGGCCUAUGAUUAUUUUUUAUCUCCCUCUUCAUUUUAAUAGUAUUUUUAUUUAUUUAAUUAUUAUAGUAAAGAGUGAGACGUCACUGAUUUCUAUCCCCUUUGGCAACCACUAAUGUGCCAGAGGUGUACUCCCACUGACAAGUCAAUCAAUUAAACCAAACCAACCAUCCAUACACUACUUAGCUUCCCUCUUUAAGGGGGAGAUGACUCAUUUGGUGUUGGUUUUGAAUUUUCCAACUUAACAACGGAUGGUAUCCGAUCGACUUGUCUUGCCUUGGUUAGGGAUGGCAACAAAACCCGAACCCACGGGUACCCACCCGACCCAAUCCGGUCAACGCGGGUAAAAUCCGUGUUGACGGGUUUUGGGCCGGGUUUGGGUUUAAACCCGUUCACUAUUCAUCGGGUUGGGUUGGGUUUGGGUUUAGGUAAACCCGACCCAUGGGUACCCGCCCACACCCAUAUAAUUAAUUUUCUCGGCAUAUUUAAUAUUCUAAACAACUAAUCUUAUUUAUGUUUGUGGAGGCAUGCCUAAUUUUUUCUUUCUAGUUAUGUAGUAUGAAAUUGAUGUUAUCGAGUGGAAAGUGAAAAACUUAAUUGAAAGGAAGAAGCUUUCAAUUAAUCAUGUUAUUAGUG